AUGUAUUCAACUCCAUUAAAAAAAAGAGUUGAUUACGACCGCGAAACCUUUACAGUUCCCGCGUCCUUAGGACGAGAUCGCUUACAGAAUCAGUUAAGAGAUGACCAAAACAAAGGUAAGCUCAACUUGUCAAGCAUUUCCUUCCCGAGCAAGAAGCCAACUAGAAAAGAUGUAUUAGACAAGUACAGUGAGGCGGGAAACACUAUUGAACCAGAAUUUCAUGACGUAACCACGCAUGUUAAGGUAAGCGGGUUAACUUCGUCUGAACCGUUGCAGUUGGCCAGUGAAUUUGUCCAGGAUUUGAACUUUAGGGAUAGAAAUACGCCAAUAUUAGAUAAUUCAGCCUACUACAGAAAAGGUGUGGACUAUAAUUUCUCAGAUGAAGUCGGUGGAUUAGGGGCAUUUACCCCCUUCCAAAGACAACAAGUGACAAAUAUACCGGACGAAGUUUUAUUAGAAGUUUCAAAUACGGAAAUAAAGAGUGAUAUGGGUAUGUUCCUCGAGCUGAACUAUUGUUGGAUAACCUCUGAUAAUAAAUUGAUCUUGUGGAACAUCAAUAAUAGUUCAGAGUUCCACUGUAUUAAUGAGAUCGAGCACACCAUUCUAAAAGUGAAAUUGGUUAAGCCUAGGCCAAACACAUUUGUUUCUUCAGUUGAAAACCUAUUGAUUGUCGCUACUCUUUUUGAUAUUUAUAUUUUAACAAUAUCAUUUGAUGACCAUACUCAUGAGUUAAAUAUUUUCAACACAGGAUUAAAAGUAAACGUAACUGGGUUCAACGUUUCUAACAUAAUAAGCUAUGAAAGAACUGGACAAGUAUUUUUCACUGGUUCAACUGACAGUGUUAAUGUGUGGGAGCUACAGUAUAAUUGCUCGGAGAAUCUGUUUAACAGCAAGUGUAACAAAAUAUGUCUGACAAAGUCAAGCUUCGCGAAUUUGCUGCCUACAAAACUAAUACCUAGCAUGCCUGGAGGAAAGUUGAUACAAAAAGUGCUAGAAGGGGAUUCUGGCGCCGAGGAAGAGACUAUAUCACAGCUCGACAUUGACCAAUCAAGAGGUGUUUUACACACGUUAUCAACGAAAUCAAUUGUCAGAUCUUACCUAAUCACUAGUAAUGGGUUAGAAGGGCCAGUAUUAAUUGAUAUUCCUCAUAUUAGGCGUAGCAUAAGCGCAUUGGGUAUAAAAGAUUCACCUCUACUCAGUAGUCGAGCUUUCAAGAUUGCUAGAAUUGUUUCCAUAUCUAAGCGGGAGAACAAUGAUUUAUUUUUGGCAGUUAUAACUACUACCGGGGUACGCUUGUAUUUCAAGGGUUUCACUUCUAGGAGAUCGAUUGGCUCAUUAAAAUUAGACUUUUUGAAGUUUCCUCCUACCAGUAUAUCUAAUUCCCUAGAGAAAAGAAAAUUUUCUAUAGUCAACCAAAAGCACCUAUACACACAGGAUAUAUGCCCACUUUCAGCACAAAAAGCUAGUUCGACUCAUAUCAACACCACUUGCGCUAGUACGAUAAUAUCUCCAGGUAUAUACUUUACGUCCGUGAAAAAAAGGAACAAUUCUGGGGAAUCAUCGAACAGUAUUGCAAGAAGAAAUCAACUGGAAAAUAAAGAGGAACACAAACUUUAUGUUAGUGUUCCAGAUUACGGCAUAUUAAAAAAUUAUGGUAAAUAUGUAGAAAAUACCACACUACUCGAUACGACGGAUGAGGUUAAAGAGAUCGUUCCUUUAACCAGAUGUUUUAAUUAUACUUCUACUCCACAAGGUUACGCUAAUUUUUUUGCCUCACAAUACAAUGUGGAGCCAUUAAAAGUUGCCGUUUUAACAAGCAAUGCCCUGGAGAUAUAUUGCUAUCGUACGCCCGAUGAAGUCUUUGAAAGUUUGAUCGAAAACCCUUUACCAUUUAUUCGCAGUUAUGGUUUAUCUGAGGCUUGCUCUACAGCCCUUUAUUUAGCUUGUAAGUUUAAUAAGUCAGAGCAUAUCAAAGCAAGCGCCUUGGCCUUCUUUUCUGCUGGUAUACCCGGGAUAGUUGAAAUAAAACCGAAAAAUUCUAGAGACAGUAGCAGUGUGCCGCCAAUUGCACAAAAGAUACUCGAUAAAUCUGGUGAAGGUGAUAACAUUGUGCUAUCUCCCAGAUUUUAUGGUUCUGCGCUAUUGAUUACAAGACUAUUUUGCCAAAUAUGGGAAGAAAAGGUCUUUGUUUUUAGAAGGGCUUCCAAAGCGGAGAAAUCAAAUAUUUUUGGUAUUUCUAUAACUAGGCCACAGGUUGAGUAUUAUUUAUCGUCGAUAUCUGUUUUGGCAGAUUUCUUCAAUAUUCACCGUCCUUCUUUCGUUUCAUUUGUGUCUCCAAAGGAUAGUAAUACUAUAACCGCAUCCGAUGCUGAGUCUAUUGCCAUGAAUGCUCUUAUCCUGUUGAUAAACUCAAUUAAAGAUGCGCUUUCCCUUUUAAAUGUGUUCUAUGAAGAUAUUGAUGCUUUCAAAUCUUUGUUGAAUACGCUGAUGGGUGAGGGGGGAGUUUACGACUCCAAAACAAGAGAAUAUUUUUUUAGUCUUCAUUUUCAUGAUCUGUUUACACCUAACACAGAGACUAAACAAUUAAUAAAGGAAAUUUUAAUAGAAGUUGUAAAUGCCAACAUUGCUAGCGGCGCACCGGCAGAUUAUAUUAUGAACGUUUUAAAAGAACGCUUUGGAUCUUUUUGUCAUGGUGCAGACAUUUUAUGUUACAGGGCAGGAGAGCACCUAGAAGCAGCACAGAAAUUCGAAAUAAUAGAUUCUAAAAUAUCGAGGAACCAUUUAGACACUGCAAUCGAUCUCUAUGAAAGGUGUGCUGAUAAUAUAGAGUUGAAUGAAUUGAGACGUAUAGUGGAUAUCAUGGUGAAACUUAAUUAUCAGCCUAGGACUGUAGAAUUUCUACUUAGAGUUGCAGAUAAAAUUGAUAAAGCAAACCAAGCGCAAGAGUAUGUCUCAGAAGGUUCCAAGAUUGCUGAUCCAAGGAAAGAUUUUUACGAUAAACGUAUCAAUGUGUAUACUUUAAUUUUUGACAUCGUGAAAAGCGUGGAUGACAACACACCUGCCGAACAAUCCCCUUCAAUAGCAAACAUAUCGAUUUCUUCACCAGCUUUGUCACUAAAGGAAAGAGUUUAUUCAGUGAUGAUGAAUAGUAGCAACCGGUUCUUCCAUUAUUGCUUUUAUGAUUGGCUAGUCGCAAAUAAAAGACAAGACGACUUAUUACAAUUACAUUCUCAGUUUGUCUUACCAUACCUGAAAGAAAAAGCAGAAAAAUCGUUGGAAAUUUGUAACCUGUUGUGGUUCUACUUAUCCAAGGAAGAACACUUCCUCGAAGCAGCUGAUGUUUUAUACGCUUUGGCUAGUGCUGAUUUUGACUUGAAAUUAAGUGAAAGAAUCGAAUGCCUAGCUAGAGCAAAUGGUUUUUGUGAUAGCUCAACUUCAUUCGACCGGAAGCCGGCACUUGUUCAGUUGUCUGAGAAUAUCCACGAGCUCUUCGAUAUAGCAGCCAUUCAGGAUGACCUGCUCAGUUUGGUGGAAGGUGAAACAAGGAUUGAUGAACACUAUAGAAAGCAACUAAUACUUAAACUAAAUGGAAAGGUGCUCCCAUUAUCUGACCUUUUCAAUGAUUGUGCAGACCCGUUAGAUUACUAUGAAAUAAAACUAAGGAUUUUCAAAGUAUCUCAAUUCAAAGAUGAAAAAGUAAUUCAAGGAGAGUGGGAUCGUUUGAUUGAUAGCAUAAAAAAUACUCCAUUGCCUGAUGGGAAAAGUGCAGGCCAAGAAUCUUUUCUUUCCUCGAUAUCCAACACACUAAGUCGAAUUGGUAAAAUAACUCACGAUACAGACGUUAUCUUCCCAGUUCAAUUCUUAAUGAAUAAAAUACUUGAAUCUUUCCCCAAUAAAAGUCCAGCCGCUGAUGGAUCUAUCUGUUCAAUAUUUUUACUGGCGGGAGUUUCUCAUUUAAAACUUUAUUAUACUCUGAAUCAUAUCAUAAAAAACUCAGAAGGAAACGUUGAAUUAGCAAGAAAAGAAAUGGUGUGGUUGAUCAAAGAUUGGUACCAAAAUAAUCCGGAAUUGCGCGGUUCUAUUACGCCGGAACAAAUCGAAAAGUUGGAAAAAUAUGAUCCAGACACUGAUCUUGUUCAAGAUUAUGUGAAGGAUCGUCACCAUGGCAUGAAAUGA